CUUUAACUCGGACUUCACGGGGGUAUUUUUCUCGCGCAUGCGCCCUAAGACCAGUCGGCUUCCGACCCCCGUUAAGUAGUCCGGGCCAGAGUUGGUGGCUGGUCCUCCUGUGACCUCUGGUAGCCAUGGUAUCCUUCUCUUUGCUCUGCACCACUCGGCCUCUGCAGAGAUGUGGUCAGCUGGUCUGGAUGGCUGCUCGGGCUCAGCACAGCAAGGUGGCCCAGACACAGGCUGGGGAAGCAGCUGGAGGCUGGACAGGCCAGGAGACUUUGGCGGACAGUGACCCUGAGGUGUGGGAACUACUGCAGAGGGAGAAGGACAGGCAGUGUCGUGGCCUGGAACUCAUCGCCUCAGAGAACUUCUGCAGCCGAGCUGCGCUGGAGGCCCUGGGGUCCUGUCUGAACAACAAGUACUCGGAGGGUUAUCCUGGCAAGAGAUAUUAUGGAGGAGCAGAGGUUGUGGAUGAAAUCGAGCUGCUGUGCCAACGCCGGGCCUUGGAAGCCUUUGACCUGGAUCCUGCACAGUGGGGAGUCAAUGUCCAGCCGUACUCGGGGUCCCCAGCCAAUCUAGCUGCCUAUACAGCUCUUCUUCAGCCUCAUGAUCGCAUCAUGGGGUUGGACCUACCCGAUGGGGGCCAUCUCACCCAUGGCUACAUGUCUGACGUCAAACGGAUCUCCGCCACAUCCAUUUUCUUCGAGUCCAUGCCCUACAAGCUCAACCCCCAAACUGGCCUCAUCGACUACGACCAGCUGGCGCUGAGUGCUCGGCUCUUCCGACCGCGGCUCAUCAUAGCCGGUACUAGUGCCUACGCCCGCCUCAUUGACUAUGCCCGCAUGAGAGAGGUGUGCGAUGAGGUCAAGGCUCACCUGCUGGCAGACAUGGCCCAUAUCAGUGGCCUCGUGGCUGCCAAGGUGAUCCCCUCACCUUUCAAGUAUGCAGACAUCGUCACCACCACCACUCACAAGACUCUUCGAGGGGCCAGGUCAGGGCUCAUCUUUUACCGGAAAGGCGUGCGGACCGUAGACCCCAAGACCGGCCAAGAGAUCCCUUACACCUUUGAGGACCGAAUCAACUUUGCUGUGUUCCCCUCCUUACAGGGGGGCCCCCACAACCAUGCCAUUGCUGCAGUAGCGGUGGCCCUCAAGCAGGCCCGCACCCCCAUGUUCCGGGAGUACUCCUUGCAGGUACUGAGGAAUGCUCAGGCCAUGGCUGACGCCCUGCUGAAGCGAGGCUACUCCCUGGUGUCUGGUGGCACUGACACCCACCUGGUGCUGGUGGACCUGCGGCCCAAGGGCCUGGAUGGGGCGCGCGCUGAACGAGUACUGGAGCUUGUGUCCAUCACGGCCAACAAGAACACCUGUCCUGGAGACCGGAGUGCCAUUACUCCCGGGGGCCUGAGGCUGGGCGCCCCAGCGUUGACUUCUCGGCAGUUCCGCGAGGAUGACUUCCGCAGGGUUGUUGAUUUUAUCGAUGAAGGAGUCAACAUUGGCUUGGAGGUGAAGCGCAAGACUGCCAAGCUCCAGGAUUUCAAAUCCUUCCUCCUCAAAGACCCAGAAACAAGUCAGCGGUUGGCCAACCUCAGGCAACAGGUGGAACAGUUUGCCAGGACCUUCCCGAUGCCUGGGUUCGAUGAACGCUGAGGGCCUGUGAAUCAAGGCCCACAGACUGGAAGUUCCCCUUCUUUCUGCCUGCCUGGAUCAUACAAGAGACACCACUGAUCCUUCUGGGUUUCAGUGGAGGGAGGAAGGCCUUCCGUCUAGGGCAGAGCCAGGCAUAAGCCCCUCCCAGAAUCUGUUACCAUUUCUAGAAGCCCCCAGCACACACCCAGCUUGUUUUUGAGACAGGGUCUCACUUAGCGGAGGCUGGCCUUGAACUGAUCCUCCUACUUCCAUUUCCCGAGUGGUGGGGUUAAAGGUGUGCACCAUCACACCCAACUUCAUCCUCCGCUUUCCGCCCCAGCCCUCUGCCAUAUCUCAGUGUUACAGACUCUUGCUCUUUCUUGGGGAGGGUGAGUUGCAUGCUGAGCCAGAGGAAAGGGUGGGUAGGCGCCAUCCUUCCUGUCUUUACCUAAUAAAAUACUAACCUGCC